UUCAACAUACACAAACAACUGAUCAGUACCUUCAGUACUUUUGUUUGCUAGUCAACAUGGUUGUACAGUUUUAGCUCUUUAUACUCUUGGUGUGCAUUAACUAUCUGUUUUAGUUAAGCACACAGUUGUCGUAUAAACAGAACGGUGUUUAUAUUAUAUUUACGUUGUUAGCAAGCUAGUAGCCUGGUAGCGAAUGGUUUACAGCUAGUCAACAUCGAACAUGAAUUCACUAAACCCCUCUCCUUCUGCCAAAGAAAAGGAGGUACGCUGGACAGAAAAACAGGGUCUUUGGCUUAAUAUUGUGGUGAAAGAAGAGGAGGAAGAGGAGGCUGUUACGGUGAACGGAGACGACGAAGGGUUCAGAGUGAAAGAAGAGGAUGCCGUUUUCGGGGUGGAGGAAGAAGACAUUUCUGUUACAUUGAAAGAGGAAGAAGAGGAGACUGAGAAUCUUAUUAACAUCAGAGAGACACCUGAGGAGCCAGAGACGUCCGAACAGACGAGAAAACAUCACUGUUCCCACUGUGGAAAGAGAUUUAACCAGUUAGGGGACCUAAGAAAACAUGAGAGAAUACAUACAGGAGAGAAGCCUCACCAAUGCUCACAGUGUGGACAAUUUUUUACCUGGUUACAGAAUCUGAAACAGCAUCAGAGAGUACAUACAGGAGAGAAGCCUUACCAAUGCUCUCAGUGUGAAAAGACUUUUACCAGGUUAGCACACCUGAAAGAACAUAAAAUCGUGCACACAGGAGAAAAGCCUUUUCACUGCCCCCAGUGCGGGAAGAGCUUUACUAGGUUAGGGAUCCUUAAACAGCAUGAGAGGACACACACAGAGGAAAAGCCCUAUGACUGCUCCCAGUGUGGAAAGAGCUUUUCCUUAACAAAGUACCUGAAAGAGCAUGAAAAAACACAUACAGGUGAAAAACCUGGAGAGAAGAUUUUCCUUUGCUCCCAGUGCGGAAAGAGUUUUACCCAAUCAACACACUUAAAAUCACAUGAGAGAACGCAUACAGGAGAAAAGCCCUACGAAUGCUCCUUUUGCGGAAGAGGUUUCUCUCAAUCAAGUUGUCUAAAGAAACAUGAGAGAAUACAUACAGGAGAGAAGCCUUACAAAUGUUCCCACUGUGGAAAGAGUUUUACUCGGUUAGAUUACUUAAAAUCACAUAACAGAACACACGCAAGAAAGAAACUAAAGCAGAAUAAAGAACGCUGUGACCAGUAAUGUAUUUCAGUGGUCUUCAGAAUGAACUGGUUACAUUGUUUGCUGUCUGAUUUACAUUAAAGUUUACAAAAAAUAUAUAUAAAUAUAUAUCUUGUGACAUGAAGAUAAAGUACAUUUCUUUGAAUG